UUCCUUCCUUCCAACCUCUUUGGUGAAGAACCCAUACAAAAUCUUGGCUUAAAACCUCACUUUUUGGCUAAAGUUUUCAUCUUUUUUCAAGGGUUUUAGAGGAGGAUCCAAUGGACAUGCCUCCGGGGUUCCGAUUUCAUCCGACCGAUGAAGAAUUGAUCACUGAUUAUCUGUCGAAUAAAGUCGUCAACAACACCUUCUUUGCGAAAGCAAUUGGAGAGGUGGAUAUGAACAGAGUCGAGCCAUGGGAAUUGCCUAGGCUGGCGAAAAUGGGAGAACAGGAGUGGUAUUUUUUCUGUGUGAGGGAUAAGAAGUACCCGACUGGAAUACGGACAAACCGAGCAACUGCUGCUGGUUAUUGGAAAGCCACCGGAAAAGAUAAAGAGAUCUUCCGGGGGAGAUCGCUUGUCGGGAUGAAGAAAACCUUGGUUUUUUACAUGGGAAGAGCUCCAAAAGGGGAAAAGACGAAUUGGGUGAUUCAUGAAUAUAGAUUAGAGGGUAAAUUGAGUCUGCAAAACUUGCCAAAAUCAGCCAAGAACGAAUGGGUGAUCUGUCGUGUGUUUCACAAGACUUCAGGGGGAAAGAAAUUCCACAUUUCUGGGUUAUCGAGGAUGGAUUCCGGUAGCGUUGCUGGUUCUCUGCCACCAUUGAUGGAAUCACCGGUGGCUUUUGGCGGCAGGAUGACCAAUUCCAGCAUAUCUGUUUCAGUGCAGGUACCCUGCUUCUCCAAUCCGAUCGAAUUCCAAACAACCCAGAAAACCAUGAUCAGUACUUUCCUCAAUAAUCCAGCCUUCCCUUUUGAUUCCGAUUCCAAUUCCAACUCCAAUUCCAUUUCCAUUUCCAAUUCCAAUCCAUUGCUGGAAGGCCAACCUGAUCUCCUUUUGCAAGGGAACCAUGAAUUCCCUUCGGGUUCUCCAUUUCCAGUUCAUGAUCAAGCAAUCUUGAGGAGUUUAAUCAGUCAAGGAUUGAAGAUGGAGAUGGAGAUGAUUACAGGAUCACAGGACACAGGGCUGAGCUCAGCGAAGAACACGGAGACUCUAUCGAAUCUUGAAAAGGGUAAAAGAGGAACCGAAAUUGAAGAUCAAGAAGCCCCAUCGACUUCAGUUGGACCAAUUGAUUUGGAUUGCCUCUGGAAUUAUUGAAACUUGAUGAUUGAAAACUCAAUAAUUGGGAAGAACAAGUUGUUUGUGAAGAUGAAAAGGAGAUGAUGGCUUGGGUUUGAUGUUGAAAUCUUGAAACAGGGUGAUGCUUACAAUUUAUAUACAUGAUCAACAAAUAAUCAAUGCUUAUUUUUGUAAUCAAUAUUGAGGUAAUUAGUUAU